AUGGGUCCAUUCCUUUAUAAUCACACCAAUCCUCAAGAUACGUGGUAUGUUCUGACAGGAAUCCCAGGACUAGAAGAUUUUCACAUCUGGAUCGCUAUCCUUAUCUGUUCUAUGUACAUUGUGGCUAUUGUAGGCAAUAGCAUCUUGAUCUUCCUUAUUAUGACUGAACGCAGUCUCCAUGAGCCCAUGUAUCUCUUCCUUUCCAUGCUGGCCUUAGCAGAUAUACUGCUUUCGACAACCACAGCCCCUAAGAUCCUGGCCAUCUUCUGGUUCCAUUCCAGGAAUAUAUCCUUUGGUUGCUGUGUAACCCAGAUGUUCUUCAUACAUUUCAUCUUUGCAGUGGAAUCUGCUAUUCUCUUAGCUAUGGCAUUUGACCGCUAUGUGGCCAUCUGCUACCCACUGAGGUAUACCACUAUCUUGACCUCCUCAGUCAUAUGCAAGAUUGGCAUAGCAGCUGUGGUCAGAAGCUUCACCGUGUGCUUUCCAUUUAUCUUCUUGUUAUACCGACUCACAUACUGUGGGAAAAACAUCAUUUCUCAUUCCUACUGUGAACAUAUGGGCAUUGCCAGAUUGGCCUGUGACAAUAUCAAAGUCAAUAUAGUUUAUGGCCUGACUGUGGCUUUAUUGACUAUAGGACUGGAUUUGGUGUUCAUCAUUACUUCCUACUCACUGAUUCUUUGCACUGUGUUUAAGAUACCCUCUUGGUCUGCCAGAUUCAAAGCUCUUAACACAUGUGGCUCUCACUUCUGUGUUAUCCUUAUGUUCUAUGGGCCAGCAUUAUUUUCAUUUUUUGCCCAUCGUUUUGGAGGCAAAACAAUUCCUCACCAUGUUCAUAUCUUAAUAGCCAAUCUCUAUGUGGUUGUGCCUCCUACACUAAACCCAAUCAUUUAUGGAGUGAAAACAAAACAGAUUCAAGAGAGAGUUGUUUUGCUUUUCUCUCACAUCAGAACAUGCUUUUAA